CAAAUGUGUAGCACUGACAAACCGGCCUUGUUCAACACUGGAAUAUAUUAGCAGGCCGUGUCACACAUUUUAGUUGUAUUUUAAUGAUUCGCUUAUAUAAGUUGUACUCGCUGUUCCUAAAAACCAUGGACAACGCCAAUACCGACAAUUUAGCGUUGGUCCAAGAGUGGUGCUAUUGCGAGAAAUUACCCAGAGCUGCGCUGCAUAUUCCGUUGAACCCGAACCUGCGCUGCGAUGUGUGCGGACUAGAGCGGCGUGCUAAACCCGAUCCUAGCUCCAGCGAUGAGGAGGAGGCCGCAGAUAACGAACUGCAGAAGAUGCUUCUAGAGCGACGACGUGUCGAGGAGGCGCUGCACGGGGCUGCGCGCGUCAAGGGUGCCAUGCGAGUCAAGAAGCCAUGUUCAAUGCACAACUGCAAGAAUUGCAUCAAGUGCGGCGGAAUGCCCAAACCAAGAGCCAAAGAGUUUAAGACUAAAGACAACUCGGACUGCUUGGAACACUUGCCAAAGCCCAUUGAAGUUUUGCCGGAGUGGCGUCGUGGGGUACAGAUUCCAGAACGCGAUCCGACUCCAACUGCAACGCCAUCAACAUCGCCUUCAUCUGAGAAGUCUGCACAGCACGCAUUUGAGUCCAUGUGGGAGCCAUCGCCUGAAGCCUCCCAAUCAACCCGUGGAAAACGUUUGGUCAGCCGUCGCCUCGGCGCACCCAUCACCGACCCAUCUGGCGGGGCAAUCUCCAAGCGAGGCAGAUUCUUGCGCACUCGCCCCAGCCGCCCGCUACAGCCGCUGUCGAAAGUGUUGGCCUCCACUUUGGCUGAAAAAGAGGAACCAAAUGCGCGAGCCAAAGGUGGCGGAUUGAGUCGCGAUUUGAUGGAGGACGGAAACCCUUUCCCUUUUGAGUACUACGAGGGACCAUCGGAGGAUGCACUGGUCGUAGACAGCGCCCUCUCCAUGCUGCAGCAGCCCAUGGCACUGCACAUGAAACCCGUUCAACGUCUGCCCCUACCAUGUCCUACCAUAUCCUCUACUGGCUCGGAUGAGGGCGCUAUCUCUGCCUCACCCAAACCUCUCGACAAGGCCACGCCGCCAGUUGCGCGUCGUUCAAGCACUCAAAUGCAAACUGACAUCACAAAGGCCACAUCCUUAGACAGCAGCAACUCCGGAGCUAUCAAAACACCAGACCUUCCACGGAAAAAAUACAGCUUGUUGGAAAUUAAAAUCAUGCAAAUGAUGAAAGGCCUUCGUCUGAUCAGUUCUGGACAUGCUGAAGUUGCGCAUCAGAUGAGCAUCGAUCACGAAGUUGAAGCUGCUAUCCUCAAGCAACAAAAGGCGAGCGUGGUGCUGCCUGAUGAGGGACGAAUGACUCAAUUUUGUCAUGGCAAUGUUCCAGCGACUGGCGAAACUCCAGAGACCAGACUGGGAAGGCGAAUACGAAGAGAGCAUUCGCUGGAGCGCAGGUUCAAUGUGCUCGUAAAGUCCAAGUUCGAUACUCCAAAGGCAAAGUCGGAGGCAGAACAACGGAGAGAGUAUUUGCUGAAGAUGAAACUUGAAGAAAUGAUGACAAAGCCAAUACAGCUUCUGUCUCCGGAUGAAGAAAGAUCUGGACAAUAG